CUGAGUUAAAGCUAACAGGUGUACUGAACCGGUUUGCUGUAUUUUAACGUGUUCGUUGCACCAUCAGCUCAGGGAAUUUUAUUCUAUAUUUAACACAUCAUGGCUUCUGACAAGAACCAAUGCGGGGCAGCUGGAUUCAUGCCGGAGUUCAGAUCUUUCGCGACCGAUGCCCUCCACGUGGGGCAGGAGCCGGAGCAAUGGCAGUCCAUGGCCGUGGUUCCUCCGAUCUCCCUGUCCACCACGUUUAAACAGUUCGGGCCUGGACAGCAUGCUGGUUAUGAGUACAGUCGGAGUGGAAAUCCAACACGGAACUGUCUGGAGAGGGCAGUUGCUGCUCUGGAUGGGGCUAAGCACUGUGUUGCUGUCGCUUCUGGAUUGGCUGCCACCAUGACCAUUGUGCACAUGCUGAAAGCCAGAGAUGGAAUUGUGUGCAUGAAUGACGUAUACGGAGGAACCAAUCGUUAUUUUAAAAAAAUUGCUGCAGAGAUUGGUUAUGACAUCUCCUUUGUUGACUGCACAAAGUUGGAGUUGUUGAAGGCAGCUUUCAAGCCUAAUACAAAGCUGCUCUGGAUUGAAACUCCCACAAACCCAACUAUGAAAGUUGUGGACAUUAAGGCCUGUUCAGAGAUUGCCCAUGAGUACAACAAAGACAUGAUUGUGGUUGUGGAUAACACCUUCAUGUCAGCAUUCUUCCAGCGACCACUAGCCCUCGGAGCUGACAUCUGUAUGUACUCGGCAACAAAGUACAUGAAUGGGCACAGUGAUGUUGUCAUGGGCCUGAUUUCUGUCAUCCGUGAUGACCUCUCUGAAAAGCUGAAGUAUUUGCAGAAUGCUCUGGGAGCUGUGCCAUCUCCGUUUGACUGCUACAUGUGUAAUCGAGGACUAAAGACUCUGCAGUUGAGGAUGAGGCAGCACUUCAAGAACGCGAUGGCCGCGGCCCAGUUUCUUGAGGCUGAUCCCAGAGUGGACAAAGUCAUUUUCCCAGGUCUGCCCUCUCACCCACAGCAUGAAGUGAUGAAGAGACAGUGCACAGGCUGUCCUGGCAUGAUCACCUUCUACAUUAAAGGCAAACUAGAGCAUGCCACCACAUUCCUCAAGAACCUGAAGUUAUUUACACUUGCUGAGAGUCUGGGAGGUUAUGAAAGUCUGGCUGAACAUCCAGCAAUUAUGACUCAUGCGUCCGUGCCUGAAGAAGUGCGGGUGGAGCUGGGCAUCAGUGAUACUCUUAUCCGGCUCUCAGUGGGACUGGAGGAUGAGGAAGACAUUAUCGCAGACCUGGAUCAAGCCCUUGCUGCUGCUCAUGAAAAGAAAUAACCUCAUCAAGAUGGCUGAGAAGCUGUGACGCCAUUUUAACCGAACAGAUGACGGCUCAUUUUUGGCACAUAUUCUUUUAGAAUCAGAUAUCAUGCUUGAAAUACUUCAGGGAUCAAACAUACGAAAGCUAUUAUGGAUCAGGAACCUUUUUUUAAUUGUUUGAAAAUUGGUUUGCUAUCAUAUUUUAAUACUUGAUCAUUGCAGUUUGUGUGAUUAGUUAGCUACUGUAGAUAAGAAGUGAUAAACUGUAAGCAUUAGAAGACUUUGCAUGUGACUGUAGCUGCAUGGGAAAAAAGGGAACUACUGUAUUUCUGUAUUCUGCUAAGGGGCUGAGGGACUGGAUUGUAUUGGACUGUAUGCUAUCGGAGCAAAUUCAUCAAGACCUCUUUCACUGUUAUCAGACAGCACGAAGUACAUGAGAAGUCUGCCUGAGCUACAGCUAAGAUACAUUGUCCUGUGUGGUGGCUUUAAAGGACCGGCCAAAGCUCUGUUUACACACAUUAGCUAAAUGACCAGACGUAAAUUUUUAAAGCGGUUGAUUUUGCUAUUUGUCAUGUGCUGCUAAAUCCAUUAAACCAGUUUGUACUGUC